AUGGUCCAAACACCCCAGCAACGUCGCCGUAACGCCCAGUUCGCCAAGGAGCAAGAAGCUCGCAUGGGCAAGGCUCCCGAGGAGCUUAAGAAGCGCACCAAGGAGGUCGCUAAGUCGCCUAUCUCCCCCGUCUGGGUUGCCAUUCUCGGCUUCGCUAUCUUCGGCAGUCUAAUCUUCGAGCUCAUCUCCCGAUUCUUCCGGUAA